GAGGAGGCGUGGCGGGAGGACGAGAGUGGGUCCUUCGACUGGUGACACAGGGUGGUCAGCUGCAAUGACCUUGUGUCUGUAGCUGCAGAAGGUCCGCGCUGCGCAGCGGCGGGAAAAAACCUGGAAGCCUUCUCGGCUGCAAGGAUACGAACGUUUUUUGGCCAUAAAGCGAAAGAAGAAAUCGGAAGUGACGUCGCGGUCCAGACAAGCCGGAGCCCUGAGGCCCCUGGUCAGUCUGCGGCCGCAGAUGGAAAGGCCCGACUCGCUGUCGGCUGUCGAAGGUAGUCGCGAGGCCCUGCUCUCCCACCCGGGCGGCGCCCGGCCCCUGUCCCCGGAACCCGCCCGCCUCGGGUGAGCCAGAGUUUCUGCCUACCGUGUCUGAGCCGCGCUGGGACCUUUCGGGAAGAGCUGGAGGCUGGCCACAGAGCAGCAGACUUCUCUGCCUACUGUCUCCCCUCCAGCGGGCUUCUGUCCUGGGACGCUGGGACACCUGUUGCCUAUUUUUUAUUAUCUAAAUCCCAAAAAUACACUGGAUACCUCUUUUACAAAACCAAGAGGAAAUCAUGAAGAAAUGUUUUAAUUAUUGAAACUACACUUGAAGUCAUGGCUACAUCAGCCAAUCUGGAUAUCGGAGCCCAGCUGAUUGUGGAGGAGUGUCCCAGCAGUUACAGUCUAGCUGGUGUGCCGGACAUUAAAGUAGAGCACCAGCUGAGCUCGAAUGCAGAAGAAGGAUCAGCCCAAGGCGUUACCAUGGGAAUGAAAUUCAUAUUGCCUAACCGAUUUGAUAUGAAUGUGUGUUCUCGAUUUGUGAAGUCCUUGAAUGAAGAGGAUAGUAAAAAUAUUCAAGAUCAAGUUAACUCUGACCUGGAGGUGGCAUCUGUCUUAUUUAAAGCUGAAUGCAACAUCCAUACAUCUGCUUCUCCCGGAAUUCAAGUAAGGCAUGUCUACACUCCCUCUACAACAAAGCACUUCUCACCCAUAAAGCAGUCAACUACUUUAACUAACAAACACAGAGGGAAUGAGGUCUCUACCACACCUCUGUUAGCAAAUUCUUUAUCUGUUCACCAGUUGGCUGCACAGGGUGAGAUGCUCUACCUGGCUAGUCGUAUUGAACAAGGUAUUUUUUACAUUUAAAAAAAUACUCAAAUUUAACAGGAUUUAUUAGAUUUGCUUGUUUUAAUACAGAAAAGUAUGAAGACAAAAAGUUGCAUAAUUUCACCAGGCAGAUAACCCAAUAGAUAGUUUAAAAAAGUAAGUAAAAAAGUUAUAGCUUCCCCUACCACCCUAGCUUUUUCACAAAAAGCAAACAUUGUAAGUUUUUUGUAUUUUCAGAAAAUUUAUCUAGAAAACAUUUCGGUUUAUAUUUGGGGUUAUGUGGGAAUAUUUUUGUCCUCUUUGUAUUUAUACAGGCGGGAAAAUAUUACACACACUGCACUGCACUUCACUUUUUCACUUAAUAUUUUGGGGAUCUUUCCGUUUAAGCACAUAAAGAUCUAUCUCAUUCUUUUUAGUAGUUCUGUGAUUUUGCAUUGUAUUGUAUAUGCUUAUACUAUGCUUCUUAUUUUUUAAUCCCCCUGGUGGUGGUUGAUUCCAGUUUGUUACUAUAAAUUAUAAUAGUUGACGUUCUUUUCAAGUGUACCCAUGAUCCCUGUACGUGUAUCUGCUGG